AUGGCGGACGUCAAAGUUGACAGUUCUGACUCGGACCAGGCUCCGAAGAAGAAGCGCGCCAAGAACUCCAGGAACACAAAGACAAUCCAUAGCGCUUCUGAUCAGUCUUCCGACGAAGAAGUUGCGCCACCACCGAAACCAGCGCCGAAGAAGGCAGCUCCUGGAAGGCCCAGGAAACGCGUGACUCGUCAUGACAGUGACUCUGAUGAGGAGCAGUUUCGCAAAUUCGAGGAACAGGGGAUUGAAUUAUCCGCCCAGGAAAAGGCGGAUUUUCCAAAGAUGACCGAGAUGCAGAAAGAGCAGCUGAUAUUUGACAAAGGCGAGGAGCUUGCUCGCCGCCGUACGAGGGAAGCCAUAGAGCUCAAGAUUCGUCUGCGUAAACCCGGAAAAGUGGUGCCACCGAAGGAAACUAGCGACGAGGAUAGUGACCGCGAUUCCGCAAAGCGUAGUGAGUCGCCGGUUCAGCACACCAGCCGCUACGAAUCGGCUUCACAGCGUCGCCCCGUCAGCGAUAAGAAGAAGAAGGAAAAGAAUGCCCUCGACGAUUUGGUGAAGAAGCGCAAUGCCAAGCUGAAGCGCGACGAAAAGCACGCUCGGGAAGAGGCAGGGAGGGAUUCAGACACCAGUGUCGGAUCCACGCGGACGUCUUCCUCAAGGUGGUGGACAAAGCAGAGUGACGAUAAAGAGAAUUGCGGUCCAAAGCCUUCUGAGAGUUCCAAGUCCAAGGCCUCACGCCGUUCAUCUUCUGAGUCAUCAACGAACACUCGUGCUCGCAGUCCUACUCCAGAGGAGGAAGAGCAAGGCACUCCGAUUGAAACGAAGGCUGACAUCAUGAAGGCUUUGCUCACCCGCUCUACCCUUGCCAAGUUUGUUCACGCUCCGUUCUUCAAAAACACGGUGAAGGAUUGCUUUGUCCGUGUGAACGCUGGUUUGCCACCGAACGCCUACGGUCGUCCUUAUAAGAUUGGCCUUGUUUUGGACGUUUUGGAGACAGCCAAGACGUAUGAAUUUGAAGGACAGCGCACAAACAAGGGUUUGAAACUGCAGUUGGGACCCAGAUACGAACGAAUUGUGCGACUGGAGUUCAUCUCUAAUCAGCCUAUCACCGACACUGAUUUCCAAGAAUGGUUCGUCGCGAUGAAGAAUUCGAAUCUCGGUCUACCGAACAUGGAACAAGUAGAGAGGAAAAGCGUCGAGGUCAAAGACGCUUUGUGCCAUAUAUUCACCGAUACUGAGGUGGAACAGAUGAUCAAGGAGCGUCGUCGUUUCGAACAGAAGACUGGCAACUUUGCCACAAAAAAACGUUUGCUGAUGAACGAAAAGCUAAGUGGU